AUGUUUUCCUUCACUCACCGCUUAGAGGUUCCACACCUCCUAUCGCGGUGGCAGCGCAAUGCGUCUGACGAGAUGACCCGCAUGCGCCUGGACGGCCAUCUUCACGUGGUCACUCACGUGACUCCGAAAAUCCCGCCUAAACGUAAUGAUACCCUAGCGCCACGGCUCGCUGGUUGGCCUGGGAUAAUCGGCCGCCGUCUACGCGGCGGCGGUCGGCGAGAAGUGCCGAUUGCUACUGGCCUGGAGUGCGGACAGAUGUGCGCCGCCUCUCACCCGUUUAGCACACCGUAUGUUCGUGGGGAACCUGGUGCUAAAAUAUUCGUAGACGACCUGAUUCUGGCUCAGGGUUUCGACAUCCGGUCGGUCAACCCGCUUAAAUGGCUGCGUCGACAAUUGCACCAAGUCCGAAAGCCGGUCGGCGGAACCCCGGAUGAGGUCGAGAUUGACUCCCUCGCACCGGCGGGGUGGCCGCGUUUUCGGAAGGAUUCCGGACACCUGCCCGCCAUUACUUUAUGCCCGCCGCCGGUUAACGAUUUGCCACCGGAAGUAGGAAAGUUAAGACUUUGGGGAGAGGUAAAGGAGGUUGUGGUGGCUCGCAAGCUGGCCAGUGGGAGGCUUCCCGUGCAGGGAUUUAAGCUGCCGAAAAUCCAAACCAGAGGUUGUGGGCAUUAUGAAUGGAUAGACUCUCCUGUCGUGACACUGCCUGCCUUUCUUUCCCAGUCUGCCCUGGAUGGCUACAACGUUUGUAUCUUUGCCUACGGUCAAACAGGCAGUGGCAAGACCUACACCAUGGAGGGGCCUGAUGAGCUGACGUGUGACACCAAGGGGAUGAUUCCACGCGCAGUCGAUCAGAUCUUCGCCACUGCACGUAGACUCGAGACCAUGGGAUGGCUGUACAAGUUCACGGCCAGCUUUCUGGAGAUCUACAACGAAAACAUCCGUGACCUGUUGGUGACCAAAGCACAGAAGGCUGUCGUGUAUGAGAUCAAGCAACGCAGUAAUAAGAGUGAGGAGCUAUACGUCACCAACUUGAAGUACAUCACUGUCGGCACAGUGGAGGAGGUCAACAAGUUGAUUGCCACUGCCAAAACGAACCGCUCAGUGGCAGCGACAGCCAGCAACCAUCAAUCAUCAAGGAGCCACAGUGUCUUCCAGCUCUACAUAGAAGGGAGUAACUCUGCCAACGGCCUGGUGUGUAAAUCAACCCUGUGCCUGGUGGACCUGGCGGGCAGCGAGCACCUGGAUAAAUCUCACUCGACUGGGGACCGUCUGCGGGAGGCUCAGGCCAUCAACACCAGCCUGUCCUGCCUCGGACUCGUCAUUCUGUCACUGUCCAACAAGGAAGCUCACAUCCCUUACCGCAAUAGUAAGCUGACCCACCUGCUGCAGAACAGCUUGGGAGGAAAUUCAAAGACGUUGAUGUUUGUCAACGUGUCGCCGCUGGAAGAAGACUUCCAUGAAUCCCUCAACACUUUGCGGUUUGCCAGCCAGGUGAACGAGUGUACCAUCGGGACAGCACAAAUGAAUCGUAAACGUGUCCUAUGAGGGGGAGAGGAGCCGUCCUGUGUCCAGCUGGGCUGCUGAUCCAGUCUCGUAUUUAUAUGUCUUUGUAUCUAUCGCUUUAAUCU